CAGGAAUGAUUGCUGCCGCUUAAUAAACUUAGUUUACUUAUAGCCGUGAGUUGGUAAAGAACAUUUGUGACCACACGAUAUAUCAAUUAGUUCCAAAAUGCAGCCAAUGAAGCUGCCUCUUUUUUGCGUCUACGUCAUAUUACAAAUACCAUUGAUAGCAUCUUUUCCGAAUGGCGGCAAUUCAAACGUCUACAAUGGAUAUACAUAUGGAACCAAUACUAGAUCUUACCCUUACCGGAAUGUCAAUGAAAAUGCAAACAGUUACUCGUUCAGAAACAAUAAUGACGCCGCUAUACCAAAUAGUCACCAACAACAAAAACAGAAUAGUGGAGCCAAUUGGAGUUCCCUGGCAUCAACUACUGAAUCUUCACACAAUCAAGCCAAUAAUGUAAAUGCUAAUACGCCGAUGGAUUCACAAGAUUCUCAACAAACCGAUAUACCAAUUGAUCAAGGCGGCAACUGGUUCACACCACAACAGCCUAAUAUUCAGGUCACAGAAAGAACACAACAGCGACACAUCUGCACAAUAUCAACGGAAAGUUACGACUGCCAAAUCCAACGAGUUAAUCUCAAACAUGAUGAUGUUUAUGACUUCGGACUCGAACAUCGUAACAAUCAACAGAACAUCACAUUCAGCGAUUCCGUUCUCCAGUACCUACCAAAAUCGUUAAUUGUUGCAUUUCCAAAUAUGAAGUUGCUGAACCUGAAUCAUCUUAAUAUCGAGACGAUAGAGGAUGGUGCAUUCGAUUCCGCAAGUAAUCUAGAGACGCUGUUCCUGGAAGGAAACCGCUUACAAACUCUUUCAGAUGGAGUGCUUCGAGGUGCACCUAAAUUGCGAACGUUAGUACUCACCGAUAAUGAUAUUAACACAAUGCCAAACAUUUUCAAAAACAAUAGAUUUUUAAGCCAUGUUUAUGUAAACCAAAAUAAACUGACUAAACUACCAAAGUUCGACGACCUGACCGGAUUAAAAGAAUUGCAUGCAUCGCGUAACGAUUUGGAACAGAUAGAGUAUCGCCAAUUUAGUAAACAACCCCAAAUUGAAAUCAUAGAUCUAUCGUAUAAUCGUUUAAAUGACUUGCAAUUACAUCUACCAAUGACUGGUUUAGACUUAAUUGAUGUUAGCUACAACCAACUGAUAAAUCUCAAUAUACCGCUAACCAUGAAACGAUUAAUAGCCCAAAAUAAUUCAUUAUCAACGUUUAGAGUAACAGGACAGUGCAGUUUGAAAGUAUUAGAUAUACACAACAAUAAAAUACAAGAGCAACCAAAAUUAUCCGCGUGUUAUCAGUUGGAGAUUUUAGACUUAUCAAAUAACUUUCAAGAAUUUUUCGAAUUUUCUCCAUCCUUAAUGAAUUUAAAAUACCUCAACCUAGCUGGGAACAAUUUAUUUGAAAUUCUAUUGCCAACCAAAUCCAACAACCCACCUGCUCUCAAUACACUUAUUUUAUCGUAUAACAAACUAUCGUACCUACCUUCGCUCUCUCCAUUUAAAUCUUUGAAUAAAGUAGACUUGAAUGACAAUAACUUGAUUGCGAUUCGGAAUUAUGAUAUGCCAAAGUCCUUAACGUUCUUAUUCGUUUCCAAUAACGAGUGGAGGUGCGAUGACGUGCCUAAAUUUUCUAAGCUUGCUAAAGAUACUAAAAAUGCAUACUGCCCCAACGAAUUUUUAAAAAUCAAUGGUGUUUGUUGUAAGCAUUACGCCAAAGCUUUCAAUGAUAAACUAAACGAAAAGAUUCGUGACUCGUAUUUCCAUGAACAAAUAAAUUUAGAUAAACUAAAAAAGAACUGUGCACAUACCACUAAACAUGAACGCAAUGAUGACCUUCAAAUAAUCUUGCAAGCAGCUUCUAGAGCUGAUAAAAAUAAAAAUGAAGUACUCGUAAAAAUGGAAGAAGCUAGAAAAAAUAUUGCAUUACUUCAGCAAAACUCUGAAGUUGAAAAUCAAAAUAGAGCUCAGAUUAGUAACUUUAAACGAAAUAUGGCUUUAGCAAUUGAUAAAAAGCGUAAACAUUAUCGUGUCACGAAGGAAGGAUUGAUUGAUGAUAAGGAAAUGCUAAGCAGAAUUGUAAAAUUCGUCGAAGAAAGAGGAGCAUUCACCAAAGACCUAUUAAAUCGCCGUGUACAGGAAACAGAAGAAACUGAUCAAAUCCUUGCGCAAAAGGGGCGAGAAAAAGAAGAGUUGUUAGCAAUCAUUGCACAGCAAACGGCAAGUCUUCAGGAAAUGAAAAAGCAGGAAAGAGAUCUUAAGAAAAAGAUGGAAACACUGCAGAAAAAAGUUAACAGGAAUGCUCCAGCAAUUCAUGGCAAAACGGGCACAUCGUAAUUGUGGCGUAUAAAUGUAACUGAAUAAAAUAAAAUUCAUUCACAA